GCAGCGGCCUCUGCCAUGGCACCCUACAGAGGGUUCGGAUGCCUGGCGUCGCCCGAUGCAGGUGUCGCUGCCAAGCUGCGCGGGCGGUGCUCCCGGUUCUGCCCCAGUGGUCCCCGAGGUGCUGCGUGCCGCCGCGCAGGAUGGCAGCGGUGCCUCGGUGCCACGCCGUAGAGGGCGCCUCCGCGGUAGCUGCCGCAGCUGAUCUGUGCCGGCAGCCCGUUCCCCUUGCAGUCCCCCGCGGAUCGAGCCUUUCUGGUUGACAGGCGCCCUCUUCUCUCACGCGUUCCCUCCUCUCUGCCAGUGGGCACAAGAAAUGCACUGGUCCUCCCAGCAAGUAUCCAUAAGGGCAGCCGCGAAGCGGUGACCACAGAGCUCGGAUACUCUUUACGACUUAUCCAUUGCGGGAUGUGCCUCCCAGCCUCGUGUUCGAAGACUGCCUUGCCCCCUGCCGAGGCCAAAGCCGCCAAUGCCGGCGCUCAGCGAAAGCCUCCCAGCGGCGCCGCCCAUGGAGCCGCCGCGCCCACCUCAGGCCCACACGCACGCCGCAGCCUCCACGGGCGGCGCCGGGAAGAAGGCCGACGAGGAGAACAUGGAGAAGGUGCCCUCCGGCUGGGCCACAACCAGUUUGAACAAGGCGCGCGGGUCGAUAACGGGAGGACGAUUCGUCAAGCUCGAUUGGGAGUCCUCAGAGCCCUGGGCCGCGCAGGAACGCAAGCGGUUGCAGCCCCAGGAAGCCGCGCAGUGCGUGGGGGCAGUGAGGGAGCGCUUCGGGAAGUCUUCGAUCCCACGAGAGAGGAGCUGGAGCGACACGUUGGCCUCGCACGUCCACUGCGCCGCUUCCCGCACGCACUGGCGGCUGGAGAGCGCGUCGGUCGAGCAGCCUGGACUCCUAGACCAGCCGAGCCAGUUCAAGGACAAUAUUGUACUUGGCUCGUGCAGCGACUUGUGCAGCACUAGGGACAACAUGAGCAGGUUCUCCUUGUGCGAGCUGCUGGAGGCGCCGGGCGAGAGGGGCGCGGCGUCGCGGCGCUCGGCGCUGCGGAGGGCCUGCCUGGCGCCCCUGGCGCUCGGGCUGCUGCUCGGCGCUGCGGGCGCGGCGUGGUACCUCCGCGGGGGCUCUGAGGGGGCGCUGCGGCUGCGGGUGGAGGGGGCCGUCGCGGCGGCGGCCGAUGAGGCGCCCUACGCCGAGGUCCCUGCGGGCCUCUGCGAGGAGUUCGGCUGGAAGGCCAUCGAGGACGAGGAGGGGUGCAUCCGGGCCGCGAUCCAGCUGCAGCUGCAGACGGUUGAGCUCUGGAACAUGUCCGUGGGGCAGUGGCCCAGCGGCUGCAGCUACUUCCGCAACGCCACCGCAGGCGGCCGCGAUACUUCUUCGGCGCGAUCGCGCGGCGCGGUCGGGGCCCAGACUUCCGAGGAGGAGUGGGUACCGGCGCCACUACCCUCUCGCGUCGCCACGGCUGGAUUCUCCUCGAAGUUUGGUCCAGACCGCACCCCAUGA